GCUCCCGUCCAUCUCUUAAACCUCCUCCUCCACCCCCCACACUCUGCGGAUAUGCAACGGUUAUGUGUGGCUAGACACACUCUGAGAAGGGGGUGGACGCCAUCGAGGCGCGUCCACGUCGGCCAAAGACACUAUGCGCAUACGCAAUCGUACACUGCGGCGGUCAUCGGUGCUGGCAUCACCGGUCUCACGACCGCGCACCGUCUGUCCAAGGACCCCAACUGCUCCCAUAUCACCGUGUAUGAGAAGUCACCGGGGGUCGGAGGAUCCAUGAAGUCCGAGAUAAUGGCCGUGGAUGGUGGGAAUGUUAUCUUUGAGCAAGGUCCACGGACUUUGAGGGCGACGGUGCCCGGUGGCCUGCCGCUGAUGGAUCUGCUGUUUGAAUUGGAUCUUCUCGACGACGUCCUCUUGACGAGUAAAAACUCCCCGGCCGCCCGCAACCGUUAUAUAUACUACCCCGAUCGCCUUGUUUGCAUGCCGACGAUAAGCCGAGAGAACCUCUGGGGUGAUUUGUUCAAUACUCUAAGGAAACUGGUGAAUGAGCCGAUCUUCGAAACCUUCCUGAUGGAACUUUUGUGGGAAAGGUGGCGCAAGGCUCCCGAUGCGAACCCGUUCAAGACAGACGAGUCCGUCGAAUCGUUCGUGACACGCCGACUAGGUCCCGAGAUGGCAAACAAUAUCGUGUCCGCCGUCUUUCACGGCAUCUACGCGGGCGAUAUCAGUCGUCUGAGUGCGCAAACCUUGAUGGGGGGGUUGCGGAUCAUGGAGCAGAGCAACAGGGGCGUGGCCAGCGCCAUGUUCCAGAACAUGCAGAUGGGGAUCUCUAAUAUGUCCACGGACGAUUUGUUGGCGCUGGAGUCGGUCGCCCCGCAGAAAUCGACCGAGUACUGGAAGUUCCUAAGUUCGCUCAUCAAGGGUGCCAGCGUGCUGACGCUGAAGCGGGGCCUGGGCCAGCUUCCCGACGCUCUGGCGAAGGCGCUGGUCCAGUCCGGCAAGGUCCACAUUCUGACCAACACCGAAGCAUCGGCCAUUGUCCGGAGUCCAGGCACGUCCGACAUUACUAUUUGCGAUGGAAACCAGCGGUUCCGAACUCACAACCGCGUCAUUGCGACAGGCUCAGCCCCGAACAUGGUACGGAGCCUCAGCAAAACCGUGCGACAGGGCCAGGUCAUUCCACAUGACACUAUUCGCGCUCUCCAGGACCACAACUACGCCGUGACCGUGAUGGUCGUCAACCUGUACUACAGAGAGACCGACGUGAUCCCCGUGCGCGGCUUCGGCUACCUCAUCCCGCGGUCCGUUCCAGCCGAGCAGAACCCGGAGCGCGCUCUGGGGGUGAUUUUCGGGUCGGAGACCAGCGAGGGGCAGGACACAGUGCAGGGCACCAAGGUGACAGUGAUGCUGGGCGGCCACUGGUGGGAUGGCUGGGAAAAGAGCGAUCUCCCGGACCACAACACCGGGGUCACCAUGGCCUGCAACCUGCUGCGACGACACCUCGGCAUCACGGUCGCACCGGCCGUCGCGCGCACGAAGAUGCAGGCUGAUGCCAUCCCGCAGUACACGGUGCACCACCUUACGCGCAUGGGCGUGCUGUCCGAGGCAGCGCGGGCGGAGUUCAACAACCGCCUGACCUUCGCGGGGAGCUGGUACACGGGCGUUGGGGUGACGGACUGCAUUCGCCAGGGGUACAUCGCGGGGACGUACGGCGUGGGAGCGCGCAAACUCGACCCGGGCGACGGCAGCCGGCCGUGGCGACGGUACGGCGCCGAGAAUUGGCAGUUGGAGGGUGGCGUGGCCACGGCACCUGUGACUCCGAUCGGGGUAUUCAAAUCAGAGCGGAAGCACUAUUAGAUGUGGUGCGCGUUGGGUCGUCUGGUUCACCUUUGUACUAUUAUAAUUCCUAUUGCGAUGCGUUACCGCGGGGAUUAGACUUGG